AUGGACCGCAACGUUACCGCAUCGAAAGCAGCAGCCAGCAACAACAAGCUGGACAAGUCAUCCACACCCACUUUGGCUGAUUACCAAGCACAAUGGAACAAGAUUCACAAUGAUACUAUUCGUCAGAUCAAGCAGGCUCAAGAAGAAGAGAGAAUCGCACGCCUUACGAGUCGAGCGCAAUCGUCUUCUUCGAAUUAG